UCAGGUUGAUGAUCUUUAAGUUCUGGUAAGAUUAUAAGGUGAGUGCUGCAGGCUGCACUCACUUAAGAAGUGUGUACUUCUCCCCUCAAAAGAAGCACAACGAAGAGCAUGUAGAGGACAGGUGAAUCCCCGUUUCAUGUACUGAAACUGACGACAUUUUGGCCUAUCUAUUUAGUAGUUGGCUGUUUUUAUUUUUUCUUAGAAUUACCUCCUGCAGUACUCCAAAGUACCGCUAUGGGCACGCGUACUCCCAUUUGCUCAUCGAUAUUGUUUUCCAGUAUUUACGGUAAUAUACCGGAAGAGGCCAUUGGGCGAAUGCCGUUCUCUGAUAAACAACAUCACAGGGUUACUUUUGAUGUCAAUAACUGUUACCUUUCGCCGGUAGUCGAGAAAAAUAUGUUAAUAAACAUGUCACCGUGUGGCUCAACUUUGGAAGAACAGCUUUCGUCCAUAAUGGACGUGCUUGCGAAAGCGGCUGUAUCUGAAAUUAGCCAACUGAUCUCGGAUGGGUCGGCUACUCUUCAGUUACAAAUAACUCAGAGCCGCGAAGAAAACGAAGCGCUGAGGACGAGGAUGAAGGUGAUGAAGAGUGAGCUGUUUUCUUUGCGGCUUCAAACAAGAUCAAAUGCAUCGCGUGCGCAAAGUCGUUUUGGCCUGGCUCGACCCAACAUCUGCAAACCACGGACUACAUCAAUGAGAAAUGAAGACUGCGAUGCCUUUGGAGAUGGCAGCACAAAGCGUGGCGCCACCUUGGAUAGUCUGCAUGUGGACCCCCCUGGCUCCUCCCAUGUGUCCAGUCACAACAAGGAGUUGCGGAUCCUCAGUGUCCACGGACAAGGCAAGGGACCACUGGCAGUGGACGGCCAUGACACCCUCUUCACCACGUCCAAACUGGAAGCCCUGAACUCACCGUCUACGCAUUACAGUGUGGCCAACAGCCUGGACGUUGGCGAGCAGCUUGUCCACCGUAUGGAGUUGACUGUGCAGGUUGGAAAUCAUCUUUACAUUCAUCAUCCAACACAGCAGACCCCAGACACCAUUUUAAUCAAGGAUGAAGAAGAUAUUGGUGGAGGGCUGACCGCUGUAGAAGUCUGCAAUGACAUUAGAGACUGCAGCACAACUUCAGAUAGCCUGCCUCCAGACGCCACUGGCUCCUUCCAUAUGUCCAGUCAUAACAGGGAGCUGCGGAUCCUGAGUGUCCACGGACAAGGGGGAGGGCAACUGGUGGUGGACAGCCAUGACACCCUCUUCACCGCGUCCGAAGUGGAGGCCCUCAGCUCACUAUCCAUGGACCACAGUGUAGCCAAGAGUCUGGACUGCAGCGAGCAGAUCGUCCACUGUGAAGAGCAAACUGGGUCACGGGGCGGCCGCAAGGGCCGGCCCUGUGUCUUGUGUGGCAAGGUUUUUCCCAGCAAUUCCAAGAUGACCAUCCACAUGCGUACACACACCAGCGAGAAGCCCUACAGGUGUGCCCAAUGCAUGAAGCGCUUCAGUCAGAGCUGCAACCUAAAGAUCCACAUGAGUACUCACUCCAGGGAGAAGCCCUACAGGUGUGACCAAUGCAUGAAGGGCUUCAAACGGAGCAAUGACCUGAAGAUCCACAUGAGGAUUCACUCUGGGGAGAGACCCUACAGGUGUGACCAAUGCAUGAUGUGCUUCAGGCAGGGGUGCCACCUGAAGAUGCACAUGGGUAUUCACUCCAAGGAGAAGCCCUACAAGUGUGACCAAUGCAUGAAGCGCUUCAGACAGAGCUACGACCUGAAGAUCCACAUGAGGAUUCACUCCGGGGAGAAGCCCUGCAUGUGUCUCCAGUGCAAGGCCAGCUUCAGCGACCCGAGAUAUUUGCGUCUGCACAGGAUCAAUGCGCACGGCAAUGAGGUGCUUUGGUUAAUAAACAUGUCACCGUGCACUUCAACGUUGGAAGAACAGCUGUCGUCCAUUAUGGACGUACUUGCGAAAUCGGCUGUAUCUGAAAUUAGCCAACUGUUCUCGGAAGGGUCGGCUUCUCUUCGCUUAGAAAUAACUCAGAGCCGCAAAGAAAACGAAUUGCUGAGGACGAGGAUGAAGGAGAUGGGGAGUGAACUGUUUUCUUUGCGGCUUCAAACAAGAUCGAAUGCAUCGCGUGCGGCAAGUCGUUUUGCCCUGACUCGAGCCAACAUCAGCAAACCACGGACUAAAUCACUGGGAAAUGAUCUAAAGCCCCUGAUGGACCAUAAUGCGGUUGGACAUUCCCCUUUUCAUUCACCAUCCAAAAGUGAGGCUUCCUCAGUUACAAGUCCAGCAGAGCAGGAGACCCCCAACAUCAUUUUAAUCAAGAUUGAAGAGGAUAUUGGGGGAUGCAGGCCAGCAAAAGACUGUGAUGCCUUUGGAGACCGCAGCACGCAGAGCGCAGCCACCUUGGAGAGUCUGCCUGUGGACACCCCGGGCUCCUCCCACGUGUCCAGUCAAAACGCGGAGCUGCGGAUCCUGAGUGUCCACGCACAAGGGGGGGGGCAACUAGUGGUGGAAGGCCAUGACACCCUCUUCACCGCUGCCGAAGUGGAGUCCCUGAACUCUCUGUCUGCACAUAACAGCGUGGCCAAGAGCCUGGACUGUGGCGAGCGGUUAGAUUGCCGCAAGCAGCUGGCUGUUCAGCAGGAGACCCAAGACGCCAUUUUAAACGAGGAGGAAGAAGAUAUUGGUGGAUGCAUCCCACCUGUAGAAGACUGCAAUGACAUUAGAGACUGCAGCACACAGCCUGGCACCACCUCAGAUAGUCUGCAUCCCGAUGCCCCUGGCUCCUCCCACAUGUUCAGUCCAGUUCACUCCAGGGAGAAACCCUACAGGUGUGAGCAAUGCAUGAAGGGCUUCAAACGGAGCUACGAACUGAAGACCCACAUGAGGAUUCACUCUGGGGAGAAGCCCUACAGGUGUGACCAAUGCAUGAAGCGCUUCAGUCAGAGCUUCAACCUGAAGAUCCAUAUGAGGAUUCACUCCAGUGAGAAGCCGUACAGGUGUGACCAAUGCAAGAAGGGCUUCAAACGGAGCUACGACCUUAAGAUCCACAUGAGGGUUCACUCCGGGGAGAAGCCCUACAGGUGUGACCAAUGCAUGAAGCGCUUCAGUCAGAGCUUUAGCCUGAAGAUCCACAUGAGGAUUCACUCCAGGGAGAAGCCCUACAGGUGUGACCAAUGCAUGAAGAGCUUCAGUCAGAGCUGCCACCUGAAGAUCCACAUGAGGAUUCACUCCAGGUAGAAGCCCUGCGUGUGUCUCAAGUGCAAAGCCAGCUUCAGCGACCUGAGACAUUUGCGUGGGCACAUGAUCAAUGCACACAGGCAAUCGGGGGGCUUUGAAACGGGUCACCGGGACACUGAUUGACACCUUUAUCCUAUAUCUGAUUAAAUUACUGCUUUAGAAAAAAACUCUUUCCAGCUUUUUGAUAUUUAUAAAUAAUACACAUAUAUUUCUGUUUUUAUUAAGAAAUCUUCACACAGACAUCAAUAAUACGUUUUUGGACACUUCAGAUUGCAAAAUAAUUGAUAACAUUUAAAAGCAUGAUCACGGUAAGAUGCAGGCAGCAAAGUUAACAAGCAUACAUUCAAUGAAACAAUGGCUUUACAUGUUUCUUAUGGGGAAAUGUUCACAUCGUGGGUUAAUACAGAGGAAACAAGGUGAUGGGGAGUGACCAUCGAAGAGAAUUUAGGAUUGUUCAUGGCUGAAGUCAGCCAGGUGGGAGAGAACAGUUAAAUUGCAAUACACUAUGGGUCAAGUGGACAUGGCUGCAAGACACCGAAUAAUUCAGUUGACUGGAAUGGCCUUAGUAUUAGACUUUUUGGCUACAGUGGGAAUGAGAAGGUAAACUAUCUUAACAUCCCUCGGUUAGGGAGAGGAAGGGGGGUACCUUUUAUGCCCAAGCAAUUUAAACAGUUUCUUGUAAAUUGACUAAUUAUACAGACACGGUUAAUAUAAUAUCUUUAAUUGUAUAUUAUAGUUAGGAUUAAUAUCUCCGCGGUAACUUGGCCCUGGACAUACACACACACAGAAACACACACAAUUUAAGCGCAUAGAAUCUUCUGUCUACUCAGACACCCAGGUAAAUUCAACAUUCCAUCCUUAAAAACUACUAAUUUCACAUAAAUGUAGCUUGCACUCAAUAACAGAAAACUACAUUACUCAUGGCUGCAUAAAGAAUAACCUCGUCACACAUGAGGGGGGUUAUUGCCCCGGUGGCACUCGGGAGGAGCUGUUGUGUCUUGCGUACCUUAAGGUGCCUUUCCUAGCCAGUAUAACCCAUGGACCUAUUAAAGAAUAAAGGUAUAACCUAGUUAACGACAAAAACAAAAUGUAGGCCUACAGCAGCUCAGCUGUCACAGGUUAUAGCAAUAAGUGUGUUACUGUUCGUUGAAAAAGCAGGCUUAUUCAUCUUUAAGUUGUUAAAUUUAUGAUGUGCUCUAUUAAGGUGAUAAUAACUCAUCUGAGCAGUGCUUACAUUGAUAUGCUUACAUCUAUAUGUAGGCCUAUAUAUCUGACAGAAUUGUGGGAUUUCCCAUGGCCCCCCUGACUGGUUCUUGAUCCCAUCCUGUUCAACCCUACACUUAUAAAAUGCAAUUCAAUGUGGAAGUAAUCCAAGUAUUCAGAAGACAAUACUCAGAUUGAGUGAUGCAACGGAAUACGUGACAUAUUACAUUUUAGGGCAUGUAUUCUGUAUUCUGUAAGUGGAUACAUUUUAAAAGUAGCCUAUCUUUCCCAACACUGCCCGUUGGCCAAGUCCGACCCAAGGGAUUCGCACUGUUGGCGACAACCUGACUGAAAUCAAUACGAUAAGAACGCAUGGAUCGAAAGAGCGCUUAUUCUAGUACAUCUUCGGAAAAUUGUAGUUCACGCUACGAUUGGACUAUUCGUAGAGGCCCCUUGAUUUUUUUUUUACCACUGAAGCAGACGUCUUCCCUUUUGUUGACGCAUGCUGAACGGACCGAACCAAGGAAACAAAAUGAACAAAAACUGAACUUAAAGGAAAACUAAACUUAAAGGAAUAGUUCCAAGGAAUUUAUUUUCUUAUUUUUAUUUGUUCUUAUUUUUAUUUGUCCGACACUAAAUGGUGUUUAAAGAGAGUUAUUUUCUGACAUAAUGUUAUGGUCUAUCCUACUGUGGAAACUGCUGAAUAUUCUUGAUUGCACUGAACUCAAAUCUGUUCUAUUUAUUUCGACAAAGUUGAAUACAGUCAAUCUAAAAGUGACCCGUGGUGACCCAAUUAAUAAUUGGGUUGUCACUUUAUUUUUUCCCUCCUUACGAACCAGUUACUCGUCCAUAUCUGACUCUACUGCCCGAGGGUUCCACAAGCACAAAACAAUAUUAUUAUUUUUUUAUCAACAUGAAUGAUGUAUAUGCGUUUGAAUACCCGCAAUAUAGUGAAAAACAUGGGACUGUGCUUCAUUAAAACUGUUGACUAUUUUCUCCCCACAAAAGAAGCAGAACGCGUAGGCCUACUCGGUUAUACGGUAAUAUACCGGAAGUGGCCAUUGUGCACAUGCCAUUCUGGGAUAAAUCGACAUCAAAGGAUUUAUUUAGAUAUCAGUUACCUCUCCCGGUAGUCGAGUAAAAUAUGUUAAUAAACAUGUCACCGUCCGGCUCAACUAUGGAAGAAAAGCUUUCAUCCAUAAUGGACGUACUUGCGAAAGCGGCUGUAUCUGAAAUUAGCCAACUGUUCUCGGAAGGGUCGGCUACUCUUCAGUUACAAAUCACUCAGAGCCGCGAAGAAAACGAAGCGCUGAGGACGAGGAUGAAGGAGAUGAGGAGUGAGCUGUUUUCUCUGCGGCUUCAAACAAGAUCGAAAGCAUCGGGUGCGGCAAUUCGUUUUGCCCUGACUCGUGACAACAUCUGCAAACCAGAGACUACAUCACUGGGAAAUG